AUGGAGAGAAGUCUAAUCGAGCCAUUGAUCACUGUUUCAUACUCUUCCUUUAUCGCGGUUGGAUACUACCGAAUGAAGUAUCUUGAUUUGUCCGGAGCUCUCGCCCUAUUUCCCGUCUUGGUUAUUCACCUCGCUGCUGGAUACAGGUUCGGUGCAAUGUUGCUGGUAUUCCUCUUUACUUCGUCGAAGCUUUCCAGAUUUGGCUCUGCUUUUGAGGAAGGUGGACAUAGAAACUGGAUACAAGUUUUGUUCAAUGGUGGCGUUGCAGCAGUUCUGUGUGUGGCUAUUGGGAACCUGACUGGAUGGGAGGGCAAGUGCCUUGACUCAAAAGAGUCGACUCUUGUCACGUCAUUAAUAGGCGGUUUAAUAGGUCAUUACUCUUGCCUCAAUGGUGAUACUUGGUCCUCGGAGAUGGGGAUUCUCAGCAUUGCCCGGCCGAGGUUGAUCACCACUUUUAAGUAUGUUCGAAGGGGCACAAACGGAGGUGUGACGGAAAAAGGACUCCUAUCAGCAUUGUCUGCUGGGACUAUCAUCGGUUUAACAUUUCUUUUCGUCCAAAUUUUCACUACAAGCUGUUCAGAUGGAAAGGCUAUGAAGCAGCUGUUGGUUAUACCCCUUUCUGCCAUGGCCGGACUUUUUGGAAGUGUUAUAGAUUCUCUGCUGGGAGCAACCCUUCAAUUCAGUGGCUUCUGUGCCGUCCGAAAAAAGGUUGUUGGAAAACCUGGACCAACGGUAAGGAAGAUUUCUGGGCUCAACUAUCUUGAAACAACGCCGUCGACGUCGUCUCGAUACUACUGA